AUGCCUUUAUCAAAGAGACUCUUUCUGUUGAUCCUCGUCGCGCUCUUUGCCUCCAGCGUUCACGCCGCGGGCGAGUCAACGACUGCGGUUUUCUCUGGAAGUAUCACAACGGCAACUAAUACCUUUCCAGCGUCAACUGGCACGAUCGCAACAGCAACAGACAAAAAAGUUCUCUUCUCUCUCCCAUCGCCGCUGCCCAAGAAAAAAGAUCUCCCUCAGCCACCCAACGUGCCGAGGAAAAAGGACAUUGAGUACAGGUUCCUGGCCCUGAUUGCCCUUCCUGCCGUCAUCGGCCUUCUCGUGCUAGCAUGGACUCGCUUCCGACUGCCAACCUUUAGUCGUUGCCCAUGCUGGCAGUGCAGGCUGGCCAUUCCGCAUUUUUGCUGGGCGCCAGGAAACGCAACCAUUCACUGCUGUGUGCUCUGCAGAAGGUGUGAAAGCCACACGGUUAGGCGUGCUGGGAUUUAG